CUGGUGACCUUUGAGGAGGUGGUCGUGUAUUUCACGGAGGAGGAAUGGGCCCUGCUGGAUCCCGGCCAAAGAGCUCUGCACAGGGAAGUCAUGGAGGAGAAUUAUGAGACGGUGGCCUCUCUCGAGUCGGACCUCCGUUCAUGUUGGGAAGAAAGAAAAGAUCCCUUUAUCCAGUAUCCCAAAGAUGCGACAUCAACAGCAGGUGACCGGCAGAAUGAGAAUUAUAGAAAACCACAGAUGGUGCCACUGUUAAUAGCCAAGACUGAGAGUCAAAAAGAGAUAUUUGGAAAUCACAGGGGACAAAAAACGUCUGAAAGAAAGCAGCCGAAGAAUGGGAGCAAGAAAUCCUCCACUUGUCAUAGUUUUCAUCAAAGAACACAUACUGAAGAAAAACCAUUUAAAUGCAGGGAAUGUGGAAAAAGCUUUACUCAGAACAAUCAUCUUACUUCACAUCAAAGAACCCACACAGGAGAGAAACCUUUUAAAUGCAUGGAGUGUGGAAAGAGCUUCAGUGUAAGCAGUAGCCUUAAAUUACAUCACCGAACACACACAGGGGAGAAACCAUUUAAAUGCAUGGUGUGUGGAAAGAGCUUUAGUCAGAGCAGUAAUCUUACUUCACAUCAAAGAACCCACACAGGGGAGAAGCCAUUUAAAUGCAAGGAGUGUGGAAAGAGCUUCCCUCAGAAUGGUCAACUUACAUUACAUGAAAGAACCCACACAGGGGAGAAACCAUUUAAAUGCAAGCAGUGUGGAAAGAGCUUUAGCCACAAGUGGUACCUUACAUUACAUGAAAGAAAACACACAGGGGAGAAACCAUUUAAAUGCAGGGAGUGUGGAAAGAGCUUCAGUGUAAAAAACAGCCUUACUUUACAUCACAGAACGCACACAGGGGAGCAACCAUUUAAAUACAGGCAAUGUGGAAAGAGCUUCAGUGGAAAUGGUAACCUUAAAUUACACCACAGAACCCACACAGGGGAGAAGCCAUUUAAAUGCAAGGAGUGUGGAAAGAGCUUCUCUCGGAAUGAUCAACUUUCAUUACAUCAAAGAACCCAUACAGGGGAGAAACCAUUUAAAUGCAGAGAGUGUGGAAAGAGCUUCAGUGGGAAUGGUCAACUUAAAUUACAUGAAAGAACCCACACAGGGGAGCAACCAUUUAAAUGCAGGCAAUGUGGAAAGAGCUUCAGUGUAAGCAAUAAACUUACUUUACAUCACAGAACACACACAGGGGAGAAACCAUUUCAAUGCAUGGAGUGUGGAAAGAGCUUCAGUGAAAGCAGUAACCUUAAAUUACAUCACAGAACCCACACAGGGGAGAAGCCAUUUAAAUGCAAGCAGUGUGGAAAGAGCUUUAGACACAAGUGGUACCUUACAGUACAUGAAAGAACCCACACUGGAGAAAAACCAUUUAAAUGCAGGAAAUGUGGAAAGAGCUUCAGUCAGAGCAGUAAACUUACUUUACAUCACAGAACCCACACAGGGGAGAAACCAUUUAAAUGCAGUGAGUGUGGAAAGUGCUUCAGUCAGAGCAGUAGCCUUACUUUACAUGAAAGAACCCACACAGGCGAGAAACCAUUUAAAUGCAGGGAGUGUGGAAAGAGCUUCAGUCAGAGCAGUAGGCUUACUUUACAUGAAAGAACCCACACAGGCGAGAAACCAUUUAAAUGCAUGGAAUGUGGAAAGAGCUUCAGUGUAAACAGUAGCCUUACUUUACAUCACAGAACCCACACAGGGGAGAAACAAUUUAAAUGCAGUGAGUGUGGAAAGUGCUUCAGUCAGAGCAGUGACCUUACUUCGCAUCAAAGAACCCACACAGGGGAGAAGCCAUUUAAAUGCAAAGAGUGUGGAAAGAGCUUCAGUCAGAGCGGUAACCUUACAUUACAUGAAAGAACACACACAGGGGAGACACCAUUUAAAUGCAGUGAGUGCGGAAAGAGCUUCAGUGUAAGCAGUAGCCUGAAAUUACAUCACCGAACACACACAGGGGAGAAACCAUUUAAAUGCAUGGAGUGUGGACAGGGCUUUAGUCAGAGAAGUAAGCUUACUUCACAUCAAAGAACCCACACAGGGGAGAAGCCAUUUAAAUGUAAGGAGUGUGGAAAGAGCUUCAGUCAGAGCGGUCACCUUACUUCGCAUCAAAGAACCCAUACAGGGGAGAAACCAUUUAAAUGCAGGGAGUGUGGAAAGAGCUUCAGUCAGAGCAGUCACCUUACUUUGCAUCAAAGAACCCAUACAGGGGAGAAACCGUUUAAAUGCAGGGAGUGUGGAAAGAGCUUCAGUGUAAGCAGUAGCCUUCAGCUUCAUCCAGUAAGUCACACAGGGGAGAAACCAUUUAAAUGCAUGGAGUGUGGAAAGAGCUUCAGUCAGAGCGGUCACCUUACUUUGCAUCAAGGAACCCAUACAGGGGAGAAGCCAUUUAAAUGCAGGGAGUGUGGAAAGAGCUUCAGUCAGAGCAAUGAGCUUACUUUGCAUCAAAGAACCCACACAGGGGAGAAGCCAUUUACAUGCAAAGAGUGUGGAAAGAGCUUCAGUCAGAGCAGUCACCUUACUUCGCAUCAAAGAACCCAUAAAGGGGAGAAACUAUUUAAAUGCAGUGAGUGCGGAAAGAGCUUCAGUGUAAGCAGUAGCCUGAAAUUACAUCACCGAACACACACAGGGGAGAAACCAUUUAAAUGCAGAGAGUGUGGAAAGUGCUUCAGUCAGAACGGUAGCCUUACUUCGCAUCAAAGAACCCACACAGGCGAGAAACCAUUUAAAUGCAGGGAAUGUGGAAAGAGCUUCAGUCAGAGCAAUAACCUUACUUUGCAUCACAGAACACACACAGGGGAGAAACCAUUUAAAUGCAGAGAGUGUGGAAUGAGCUUCAGUCAGAGCAGUGGCCUUACUUCGCAUCAAAGAACUCACACAGGGGAGAAGCCAUUUAAAUGCAAGCAGUGUGGAAAGUGCUUCAGUCAGAAGAGUAGCCUUACUUUACAUGAAAGAACCCACACAGGCGAGAAACCAUUUAAAUGCAGGGAAUGUGGAAAGAGCUUCAGUCAGAGCAGUAAACUUACUUUACAUCAAAGAACCCACACAGGGAAGAAGCCAUUUAAAUGCAUGGAGUGUGGAAAGAGCUUCAGUCGAAGCAGUGACCUUACUUCGCAUCAAAGAAUCCACACAGGGGAAAAGCCAUUUAAAUGCAUGGAGUGUGGACAGGGCUUUAGUCAGAGAAGUAAGCUUACUUCACAUCAAAGAACCCACACAGGGGAGAAGCCAUUUAAAUGCAGUGAGUGCGGAAAGAGCUUCAGUGUAAGCAGUAGCCUGAAAUUACAUCACCAAACACACACAGGGGAGAAACCAUUUAAAUGCAUGGAGUGUGGACAGGGCUUUAGUCAGAGAAGUAAGCUUACUUCACAUCAAAGAACCCACACAGGGGAGAAGCCAUUUAAAUGCAGUGAGUGCGGAAAGAGCUUCAGUGUAAGCAGUAGCCUGAAAUUACAUCACCAAACACACACAGGGGAGAAACCAUUUAAAUGCAUGGAGUGUGGACAGGGCUUUAGUCAGAGAAGUAAGCUUACUUCACAUCAAAGAACACACACAGGGGAGAAACCAUUUAAAUGCAUGGAGUGUGGACAGGGGUUUAGUGAGAGAAGUCAGCUUACUUCACAUCAAAGAACCCACACGGGGGAGAAGCCAUUUAAAUGUAAGGAGUGUGGAAAGAGCUUCAGUCAGAGUGGUAACCUCAGAUUACAUGAAAGAACACACACAGGGGAGAAACCAUUUAAAUGCAGUGAGUGCGGAAAGAGCUUCAGUCAGAGAAGUAAGCUUACUUUGCAUCAAAGAAACCAUACAGGGGAGAAACAAUUUAAAUGCAGUGAGUGUGGAAAGAGCUUCAGUCGGAGCAGUGACCUUAUUUUGCAUCAAAGAACCCACACAGGGGAGAAGCCAUUUAAAUGCAAAGAGUGUGGAAAGAGCUUCAGUCGGAGUGGUAACCUCAGAUUACAUGAAAGAACACACACAGGGGAGAAACCAUUUAAAUGCAGUGAGUGCGGAAAGAGCUUCAGUGUAAGCAGUAGCCUGAAAUUACAUCACCAAACACACACAGGGGAGAAACCAUUUAAAUGCAAGGAGUGUGGACAGGGCUUUAAUAAGAGCAGUCACCUUACUUCACAUCAAAGAACCCACACAGGGGAGAAGCCAUUUAAAUGUAACGAGUGUGGAAAGAGCUUCAGUCAGAGCGGUCCCCUUACUUCACAUCAAAGAACCCACACAGGGGAGAAACCAUUUAAAUGCAGGGAGUGUGGAAAGAGCUUCCGUCGGAAUGAUCACCUUACAUUACAUGAAAGAACCCACACAGGGGAGAAACCGUUUAAAUGCAGGGAGUGUGGAAAAAGCUUCAGUGUAAGCAGUAACCUUGUUUUACAUCACAGAACCCACACGGGAGAAACCAUUUAAAUGUAGUGAGUGGAAAGAGGUUCAGUCAGAGCACACUUACUUCACAUGAAAAAACACUGUGGAGUAACUUUUUUAAUGCACGGAGUAUGGAAAGAGAUUCAAUGAAAGCAGUAGGCUUACAUCACGGGAUACACAGGAGAAACAAUUGAAAUGUAGGGAGUAUGGAAAGAACUUCAAUGGGAGCUUUAUUCUUCAUCUUGCAGGCUACAUAGAUUAAAGCUCUAUACAGGUUGGGGCCAGGAUUCUUAAAAGAUUAUCUCACAUGUUAUAUAUUCAGCCCAUCACUGAAGUCUGCAGAAGAUGGCCUCUUACGCAUACCAUCUCAUUAGGAAGUCCACUCUGCAUGAUAGAGAAACCUGGCCUUUUGUGUGGUGGCAUCUACUUUUUUGAACUUCCUCCUGUUACAUAUCAGACAGGUGUUUUUUUUUGUGGUGCCUAUAGAAGACCUUCCUUUUUCAACAAACCUUUUAAGUGCAGAGCUUUAUUACUGUUUCUGUGGGAUUUUAGAAGGUAAAGGUGUCCCCGCACUUGUAGUGCGAGUUGUUUCCGACUCUCAGGGUGACGUCUUGCGACGUUUACUAGGCAGACCGUAUAUAUGAGGUGGGACUGCCAGUUCCUUCCCCGGUCUUUCUUUACCCCCCAGCAUAUGCCGGGCACUCAUUUUACUGACCACGGAUGGAUGGGAGGCUGAGUGGACCUCGACCCCUUUUACCGGAGAUUCGACUUCCUCCUUCCGUUGGCAUCGAACUGCAGACGUGAGCAGAGCUUCGGCUGCAUUACUGCCGCUUACCACUCUGCGUCACGGAGGGUCUGUGUGGGAUUUUAAAAUGUUUUUAAUUGGUUUGCAUAUGAAAUGUUUUUUUUACUGUUAGUAUUUUUGAGAUACUUUCUGGGAAGUGAUUUCUAAAUGAAAAUAAAAUAAUACUAGUCCUUGUUUCUAAUGGUCUCCUUACUGAUUGUUUUCAUAUAGUUUAGUUUAGCAUACCUUUAACUGUUGAUUUUAUUGGUUUUUAGUGUUUUUUAAAUGUUGAUUUUUUUAUUGACCAUUUUAAUGUACAUUUUAUGUUCUUUAUAAAAU